UCUACAACCGUCACCUUUGAGGCUCACUUCUUCUAUCAGCUGUAGUUUUGAAAUGGCUUUGCAACCGACUCUUCGACCUUUGGUCAUUGCGGGAUGCUACGAGGCUCCCCAUACCUUGGAUGUCUUCCUCGACUAUGUCUGCCCUUUCAGUGCAAAAAUGUCACGUACGAUCGACACCGUUCUUAAGCCAUUGGUGGAAAAUGGUGGAAAGUAUGAUGGAAGAGUCAAAAUAAUCAUGAGACUCCAGGUCCAGCCCUGGCAUGCCACUUCUACUUACACGCAUGAGGCAGGACUUGCUGUUCUCCGCGUUGCGCCUGGGCACUUCUGGAAAUUCUCGCGGGUACUUUUUGAUAGACAGGAAGAGUUCUUCGACAUUCCUGUCUCCAACUUGACUCCGCUCCAGAUUCGCGAGAAACUUGCUGAAGUCGCUGCUUCAGUCAUCCCAGCGGAUAAGGUGGAUGACUUUAAGGGACUACUCAAAAACAAACCGGGACAUCCCAACGGGGGCAUAGCCGUUACUGAUGACUUGAAAUACACGAUUAAGUUUUCUCGGCAGAACGGAGUCCACGUGUCACCCACUUCCUUAUGGGAUGGGCUCAUUGCCAACGAGAUUUCGAGUUCCUGGGGGGAGAAUGAGUGGACUGAGUUCUUGGCUCACAAGGUAAUCGUGUAGGCGUUGCGGAGAACGCGUCAGGCCCCAACCCUAUUUGUAAGCGAUGAUCGCUUUUAUCAGUUUUGGACUCCAUGUACACUGGCAGCAGCGUAGCAAACCUGGGCCACAGUACAAUUUCCCAAUUGCUCACAUUUGUCGGAUAGUUGCCUACGAGAUCGGAAAUGAAGACGUUAGUCCAACAGGAACCCAGCUGUCG